UCUCGACUUCUGUGCAGGCCUGGUUUCACAGUUCUCAACCAAUGACAAGAAGUCGAUCCUCUGAAUUGCGGAGGAGGUACGCUGCUAUGCAAACAACUCUAGGUGUGGAAGCUAUGCACAAUGCUUCGCGGUAUGGCCCCAACAAAAUGAAAGAAGAAUUUGCAGAUCCAAGUAGUUUCAGUGAUCUUCCUAUGUGUGAGGUUCCCAAUCAAAUAGGCUCAUUCAUGUCCCCGUACGAUUCCUCCUCAUCCAUAUUCAACACUCUGAAAAUGGGUAAUGUUGAUCAAGUAUCCUCUGUUGUAAGUAUGCUAAAGGGUACCUUAGAACGCAAGAAACUGAAUAACCAGACUGAGAAAGAAACUGCCGAGGAAUGCUCAAAUGGGAUAUAUAAUCCUGCUCAAGAAGUUAUCAUCCAUACUAGUUUCAGUCAAAGACAUGUAAAUCAAAUUCACGAAAUGCCUGGAGCUUUUCAAGAAUUGUCUGCUGGCCAAGUGAAGAAUCCUCCAGUUCUACAAGGAAUUCAAGGAUCUCUGGAUCUUGAUUUGGAAGGUUUUGUAAAUCCUACACACGCAAUUCAGUUGAGCACUGUUUCUCGGGAGCCUUCUCAGAGUGAAUCUUCUGCAGCUGCACCAGUAAUCUCAUCUGGCUUUGAAGUAUGUGAUGGUCCUAGCAACUCAGGUCAAACUCUAAGCAUCUGUGAGAGCUCCAGAAGACAAGCUGGAAACUCCAUAAGCAUAGAAAAUGGCUCUAAAGCAAAAGAUAUCCGCGAACGAAUAAUCGACAAUUUGAAAGAUGACCGAAAGAGGGGAGAACUCGCUCGAUCUGGAUCUGUGACUUCAGCUGGUUCAGACAAGGGAGACCCCACGAAAAAGCGGAGGGUGGAGCGGUCAAGAAAGAUGGCAGAGGCAAAGGAAAGGAAUUUAACACCAGCGAUUCCAUCUGAUAUGCAGUCAGUCUUGAAGCGGUGUGAAAAUCUUGAAAAGGAAGUGCGAUCACUUAAACUUAACUUGUCUUUCAUGAACAGGAAGGAUUCUGAACAGACUAAGCAGAUAGAAGAACUUCAGAAGCAGAAUGAAGAAUUGAUGGAUGAAAAGGAGCGUCUCCUGGAAGAGAUUGAACGGAUCAUCUCAGAAACGGGAAAGAUGUAGAACUGACUAAUAUUAGUCUACUCCGGCUCCACAUAUGUUUUAGCAGCAAGCUAAUUAUAGGUUACAAUUUCGAAGGUUCCAGAGAUCCAGUUCAGGUAUCGAGGACCAACAUGCAAAUGAACAGGCAAAAGAAAGACGAAAAGCCUGCCCUUGAUGUAUCUGUAUUCUGUAUAGGCAGGAUGGCUUGUUUGGUAAAUACAUUAAAAGAACAUCCUUAUGGGUAGUAAUCCAAUCUCUAACUUUGGUUAUAGUAGAUUUUGGAAAGAUCAAACCGUAUUAUUGGUUUUAGUAGCAAGUUCCAAACUCCAAUUUGUUGGGAAAUUCAUCUCAUCAAGCAAAAGCUUUCAUCCUCUUGAAGCCAACAAGCAUCUACGAAUUUGUUCUUAAACCAAUUUCUCUUGCUGAUAGAGUUUGGCAGUAUGCUGCAAAAACUUUGAUUUAAUGUAUCAGGGUUCCAGUUUUCCUGGAGAAUCAAAAUAUAGCCACCCAGCU